GAGACUAUAUUAAAAUAUAAUAUUUUAUUAGAAGAUAUCUAUAAUUUUAAUAAAAUUAGCUUUAUUAUUGUCAAAAGUUGUCAACAACUCGUCUCAAGAUUGGAGAUCUUAGAGGAUAUUCUGCUAACACAAGAUAAAAGAGUAAUAUAA